AUGAAGCACUUCAUGCUUCCAAGAAACCCAAUGGCGAGAGACACAACCGAGCUUCCAUCUUCAUCAAGCCCUAGCAGCUCCGCCAAAACAAGACCCUCUUCUCGCAAACACAAACCCUCCAAAGAAAACGAUCCUCCUUCAGAUCACAACAUCAUCGUCCCGUAUUCACCCUCUCAUGUCAAAUUGAAGAGUCCGUUACCACCAAGACCGCCUUCUUCCAAUCCUCUCAAACGUAAACUCGCUCUCGACGCCGUCGCCGCUGAUAAUUCACUCCCGGCAACUUCCGAUUCCGGCGUUAAGGUUAUUGUCAGGAUGAGGCCGUUGCGGAAGGAUAAGGACGAAGGAGAUCCUAUAGUUCAGAAGAUUUCUGAUGAUUCGUUAUCGAUUAAUGGCCGUACUUUCACUUUUGAUUCUGUUGCUGAUGUUGAAGCUACUCAGCUUGAUAUUUUUGAGCAUGUUGGAGUUCCUCUGGUGGAGAAUUGUUUGGCUGGUUUCAAUAGUUCUGUCUUUGCUUAUGGACAGACGGGGAGUGGAAAGACGUAUACAAUGUGGGGUCCUGCCAAUUCUUUGGCUGAAGCAAAAGAGCAACAAGGACUUACACCCCGAGUUUUUGAAAGACUGUUUGCGCGCAUAAACGAAGAGCAAACAAAGCAUUCUGAUCAACAGCUCAAUUAUCAGUGCAACUGCUCUUUUCUUGAGAUAUACAAUGAACAAAUCACAGAUCUGUUGGAUCCGAGUCAAAGGAACCUUCAGAUUAGAGAAGACGUCAAAUCAGGUGUGUAUGUUGAGAAUCUUACAGAGAAUCAGGUGUCCACGAUGGAGGAUGUUACUCAGCUUUUAUUGAAGGGAUUAUCAAACAGGAGAGUAGGUGCAACCAGUAUAAAUUCUGAAAGUUCCCGCUCACAUACUGUUUUUAUUUGUGUUGUUGAGUCUCGAGGCAAGAGUAUAGCAGAUGGUGUGAGCAGAUUUAAAACCAGUAGAAUAAAUCUUGUUGAUCUGGCUGGGUCAGAACGACAAAAAUCAACAGGUGCUGCUGGAGAGCGUUUGAAGGAGGCUGGCAAUAUUAAUAGAUCACUUUCACAGCUUGGGAAUUUGAUAAACAUUCUCGCGGAAGUCUCUCAAACAGGAAAACAGCGGCACAUACCAUACAGAGAUUCCAGGUUGACAUUUUUGUUGCAGGAGUCUCUUGGAGGAAAUGCCAAAUUAGCAAUGGUUUGUGCUAUUUCACCGGCACAAAGCUGUAGGAGUGAGACUUUCAGUACAUUGAGAUUUGCACAAUGUGCCAAAGCCAUCAAGAACAAGGCAGUGGUUAAUGAAGUUAUGCAGGAUAAUGUGAACCACUUGCGACAAGUGAUACGACAAUUAAGGGAUGAACUACAUCGAAUUAAAGAAAAUGGUUACAAUCCAAUGGACCCAAGUGGAGGUCAUUCAGCAGCUUGGGUCCGAAAAAGCUUGAACAUAUUACAGUCUAGCCUUAAUAGACCGCCACCGUUAUGCCGUGUUGAUGAAGAUGGUGAUGAGGAGAUGGAGAUUGAUGAGGAUGAUGUUGAAGACCAUGAUGAAGUUUUCUGCAAUGCUAAUGUCAAUUGUAAUUUUGUAUCAGAAAAUGACAGCAAAAUGAACACUGAUGAUCAAGAUUUGGUCCAACCCAGUGAGGAAAAUAAUUGUGGUGUCUCUGGCAGUAAACUUAUCGAUGAAGAAUCAUCCUGUCCCGUGGGUGAAUCUGACAUUGAAAAUUUCACUGGUUUUUCAGCCCCAUAUCCGCCUAGUGAUUCUCCCAACGCUCUAGUGAAUUGUGUCUCACCUGGUGACCUUAGCAUAGUUAAGUGUGAAAUAUCUCCAAUCCUGAAAUCUCCAACUCCUAGUGUUUCUCCUAGAAUCAGCACCAGUAGAAAAAGUCUUAGGACAUCGUCAGGGGUGUCACCUUCGGAGAACGAUGUUCAUGUUGAGAGUGAAUUAGGCAUAAAAACUGGCAAUCUGAAAAGCUCGGCUACUGCCUUUUCUAGUCAGGCCGGGCCAAGUUUCCUUACAAAAACUGAAAAUUUAGCCGCAAGCAUUCGCCAUGGUCUCGAAAUUAUAGAUAGUCAUCGAAGUGCAGCUUUGAGGCAGUCAUCUUAUAGGUUUUCAUUACGACCAAGAGAAUCUAGACCAACUUUCACAGUUGACAAAGUUGACGUGGGCGUGCAGACCUUUCUUGAUGACAAUGUUGAGGAAGAUUAUAUGUUCACCUGUAGUAAUUGUAAAAACAGAGCACAACUCGAGGUCAAUGAGACUGACAAUAGCUCGAACCUACAGUUAGUACCUGUCAAUGAGAUUGAAAAUAGCUCGAACCUACAGUUAGUACCUGUCAAUGAGAUUGAAAAUAGCUCGAACCCUAAGAAGCAAGUUCUCAAAGCAGUAGAGAAGGUCUUGGCAGGAUCGAUAAGGAGAGAAAUGGCACUCGAGGAGAUUUGUGCAAAGCAGACUAAUGAAAUAGCGCAGCUUAAUCGUUUGGUUCAACAAUACAAGAAUGAGAGGGAAUGCAAUGCCAUAAUUGCACAGACAAGUGAUGAAAAAAUUCUUCGCCUUGAGAGCCUUAUGGAUGGUGUCUUGCCCACCGAGGAGUUCAUGGAUGAAAAGCUGGUAGUCCUUACCCAUGAACACAAGAUUUUAAAGGAGAAAUACGAGAAUCAUCCAGAAGUUUUGAAGAUGGAUAUAGAGUUAAAAAGAUUACAAGAUGAACUACAAGAGUAUCAAAAUUUCUACAAAUUGGGAGAGAGGGAAGUAUUGAUGGAAGAGUUACAAAGUUUAAGAAGCCAGCUUCAAUUUUAUAUUGAUUCGUCAUCCACCGCAAGGAAGCAGUAUCCAUUACUGCAACUGACAUGUCCAUCUGAACCCAGUUUUGCUGCAACAACUCUCACUGCCAUUCCAGAGUCAAUAGUGGAAAGGGAUGAGACAGGUGAAACUCUAGCAUCAAUCAGAGACAGUUUUGAAGUAAAACUUGAACAAGAAAGAAUUAAAUGGACUGAGGCAGAAAGCAGGUGGAUUUCUCUUUCUGAAGAACUGAGAGCCGAUCUUGAAGCUAACAGGUCGUUAGCUGAAAAGAGGAAACACGAAUUACAUGCUGAGAGGGAGUGUAAUAAAGAACUUCAGGAAGCCAUGCAUAUGGCUAUAGAAGGACAUGCACGACUUUUAGAACAGUAUGCAGAUUUGGAAGAGAAGCACGUCCAAUUACUUGCAAGGCAUAGAAGGAUCCAGGAAGGAAUUGAGGAUGUCAAGAAAGCAGCUUCCAAAGCUGGGGUAAGAGGUGCUGAGUCCAAAUUUAUAAAUGCCCUUGCUGCAGAAAUUUCAGCAUUAAAAGCUGAAAGAGAAAAAGAAAGGCGAAUCUUAAGGGACGAAAAUAGAGGGCUCCAGGCUCAAUUGAAGGAUACUGCAGAAGCAGUGCAAGCUGCAGGUGAACUGCUUUUCAGGCUUAAAGAAGCCGAAGAAUCUGUGAUUAAUGCACAGAAACGGGCUAUGGGUGCAGAGCAGGAAGCUGCAAAGGCCUACAAACAAAUUGAUAAGUUGAAGAAGAAACAUGAGAAUGAGAUUGUCUCACUUAAUGAGCUUGUUGCAGAAGCACGUUUGCUGCACAAGGGAUCGGUAUCUCCGAUUUAUGAUGUUGUAAUGCCCAAUUAUGACGAUGAAUCAAAGGAGCCACACUGUGUCAAUGAUUGUGAGCUUGCACAAUUAGCAGAACCAUCCUGGUCCUCCAGUUAUGACAGAUGCAACAUAUAA